AUGAACCUCCACGAGCCGGUAGAUCCCAACAAGCCUUUCGAGGAGCUAACGCCGGAAGAAAAAAUGAGGCUGGAGCAUAUCAAAAUGUAUGAAAAACACAAGGGCCAUGAAUCCAUGCACAUGGAGAUGGUGGUGAUACUGCUAGUCACGCUGAUAAUCGCUCAAGUAGUACUAGUCGAAUGGAAGAAGCGACACUACAGGUCCUACUCGUUAAUGACUCUGCUUGCGCUAUGGAUAAUACCAUUCCUGCUCAGCUUGCGCAGUCAGUACUGGCGGUUUAUCUUCUUCUGGUUAAUAUUCAGCUGCAUAACAGGGUUGGUGAUGCGAAAAGCGCUCCGUAAACCGAUUUCCGGCACUACACCGCGGCUGGUAUACAAAUGGUUCUACUUCAUUUACAAGCUUAGCUACGGACUUGGCAUUAUUGGUUACAUCGUGAUGAUGUUCACCUUUUUUGGUGUCAAUUUUAUCUUCAACCAACCACCGCACACGUGGAUGGAUGUCGGGUUGUUGCUCGUUUUCUACGGUCUCUAUUAUGGCGUGCUCGGGCGCGACAUAUCGGAAAUUUGCGCCGACAAGAUGGCAUGUCAUAUCGGGUACUACACGCCAAAAGGGAUUCCUACGCGACAUCUCGAGCGGAAUGUCUGUGCGGUGUGCGGCAACCAGCUGCUAACGGAUGUGAACGAAUCCGGUGUGAUCGAGAACACGUACAAGCUGACCUGUGAUCAUGUGUUUCACGAGUUUUGCAUCCGCGGUUGGUGCAUCGUGGGGAAGAAACAAACCUGCCCGUACUGCAAGGAGAAGGUGGAUUUGAAGAAAAUGUUUUGCAAUCCUUGGGAACGACCGCACGUGCUGUACGGGCAGCUGCUGGACUGGAUUCGGUGGUUGGUGGCAUGGCAGCCACUGAUACUGUUCAUCGUACAAGGCAUCAAUUGGAUGCUGGGACUGGAGUAGAUAAUUUAUCAGAUUAUCCGUUUAGAUUGUGUCAUCAGUACGUCCGCUGUCUCAUCAGUAUGUUUUAUUGUAGAGUUUUCCUACUUUUAAUCGAAACCAAAAAUACCAUUCGAGUGCUGGUUCUCGGUGGAACUGCCGCUGCUUAGGUUGUAAACCUUUAUUUUGACACAAUGUACAACGCUGUAUUUGACUAACCUAUAUGAAAACGAUGCAACAUGGAAUGCUUCAUUCUGAGUGCAAACGUUAUCAUUCUGAGUGCAAACGUUAUCAUCAUCGACAACGCUGGGCGUGCAACUGUUAGGAUAUUUAUAAUUUAUAAAGUUUGCGUGCAAGCAGACCAAUCUAGCAUUCGAGUGCGACGAGGAUAAAAGUAGGACUAAUCCUUUGUUCGUUAUGUUGGUAAGUUGUACAAGGUCUGCAGAAACUGAAAUCACAGUGGAUUUGAAUACGACAUCAUAUAAUACUAUCGAUUUCAAAUAAACAAACGAAAG